CACAAUGGUGCUGCUUCUAACAGUUAUAAUAAUAAAAUUUGCGAUUUGUAAUGGUGCGAACAUUUUAUUUCUGGCCAUAACACCGUUGUACAGCCACCAGUCAGCUUUAAGACCUGUGUACAUGGAGUUGGUCAGACGUGGUCAUCAGCUGACAGUAGUUUCGUCUUUACAAACAAAUGAAUUACAUGAAAAUUUAACGCACAUAUAUUUGAACCGGACUUUUAGCAGCCUCACACGGAUUUUAGUGGACGAUAUGAAAGACGCGCACACACUGAAAUCCCAGCAAACUACGACAUUUAAAAACGCAAAGAUCGCCCUGGAUUCCAUAUUGAGUACUGAUAUGAGUGAACUGAUAAAAAGCGGAAGAAAGUUCGAUUUGAUAGUCACCGAAGUUUGUGCCAGAUUCUCGACAGUGUUUUCAGAAGUAUUCCAAUCACCAAUGGUGUUGCUGAGCACACUCGGAGGGAGUUUUGAUACGUUCCGUAUGGUGUCAUCACCGGAGCAUCCAAUACUGUAUCCCAUUGGCAUCCGAAAGAGGUUUACAAAUCUAACGGAGAUGGAGAAAGUUGUGGAGACGUACCGACAUUUUGAUUUGCUUAAACUGUAUUAUGAUAUGGGUGAAUUUGACGAGGAGGUGGUGAGAAAAUAUUUAGGUGACGACUUUCCAUCUAUACACGAGAUAAACAAUAAUAUAGAUUUGAUUAUGUUAAAUUUACAUCCGUUGUGGGAUUCCAAUCGACCAGUGCCGUCUAAUGUGAUAUAUCUGGGAGGAUUACAGUUACAGAAGUAUAAAGAAUUGUCACAGGACCUACAGACUUUACUGGAGGAGUCAAAAGGUGUGAUCUUUAUGAGUUUUGGAAGUAGCGUGCGUUCGUCUAUACUGAAUCGCAAUAAAAUUGAUAUGUUUGUGAAGGUCCUGUCAGAGCUACCGUACACAGUGAUGUGGAAAUGGGAUACGGAAGUGGAAAAUCUACCAGAAAACUUUAUAGUUAGGAAGUGGUUCCCCCAGCGUGACUUACUGCGACACCCCAAAAUAAAGCUCUUCAUCACGCAAGGUGGUCUUCAGUCCGUGGAUGAAUCCAUAGAUGCCAGAGUGCCAAUGGUGGGCGUGCCAAUACUUUGGGAUCAAUUCUACAAUGUGCACAAAAUUGCUGAACUUGAAAUUGGUGUCAUGUGCGACGUCCAAACAGUUUCUGAAGAACAAUUCCGAAAUGCUGUCGUAGAUGUACUAACAGAUCAAAGGUACCGCAACAACAUAAAUAAAUUACGAAAUGUCAUGAAUGUAAAGCGACAAAGUUCCCUGGAGAAAGCAAUAUGCUGGAUUGAAUAUGUAGCACAGCACAAGGGCGCAAAGCAUUUGCGAUCGCCCGCUUUUAAUAUGAGUAUCAGAGAGUAUUAUGAAUUAGAUUUGGUGUUAUCUGUAAUAUUGUUCGUUAUAAUUUUAAUUUUCCUUGUCAUUCGUCUUAUCAAAUCUUGUUGUGUCUUGUGUGUAGGUAUUAGACGUGAGGCAAAAGUGCGUUUAGAAUAAAUUAUUUCGGAUAACGUUAAUUGACAUAUAUAUAUCGCAGCCAACUAGCUUAAUUAGCCGUUCAAUUAACAGCCUAGCCUUUUCACUAAACGGCGCCGUUUAACUAGCGGCCUCAAAGAUGUUUGUCACAACAUUUAAUGUUACACAUCUCUUCCACAAGUAGUUUGAUUUUGUAUUUAUUUACUAAUGUCAAUAACCGGUGACAAGUUUUUGUAAAUAACAUUAUGAGAUAUUUUGUAAUUUAAUUGUAUAAAAAUUCCCAGGAUUUUUACAGUUCUUUUGGCCAAUCUAAAAAGGUAGUGCUAUAAUUGAGCUUGUAAUGUAGCUUCUAGAAUAAUGGAAUAGAGUUCAUCAGUCUCUAUAAACAUAUAUGUAAUAUUAUCUUCUAUUGAUGAGGUCAAGGAGUAAUUAAAAA